ACUGGGAAUUCUUUUAACUAGUUUUUCAUUCCAUAGGCACGGACCAAAACAAUAUUAUUGAUCAAUUCAACAAAGUCUCAACUCUUUCACAAUGAGUACGGCACGCUUUGCACGCUCAGGGCGAGCUCGAAUAUGUAUUCUGAUGAGCAUGUUUCUUGUGCUCAUUAUGAUGAUUGUUAUUUACCACAUGUCACAACAGCAACUGGACGAAACUCGGGCCUUUCGAUUACGCUGUGAACAAAACCAGGAAGGAUUAAAUUUACAAUUGCAAUCGCUCACUGACGACAAAUUGUCAGCGGAGAAAAAAUUGGAAGAGAUGCACAACGAGAAACAACACAUGCAAGCGGAACUCGAUAAGCAACAGGAAUCGGAGCGUUCAUUGAAAAAUAAAUACGAUGAACAACUUGGAAAAUAUAAGGUGCUCGAUGGUAAGCACAAUGAUUUACAGGAUGAGUAUGCCAAGAGUAAGAAACAACAAAUGGAGGACAAGCACUCGCUAUUAUUGCAAGUGCAACAAUUGCAGCAGGACAGGAAACUACAGGACACAAGUAACUGGAAGAACAAAUAUGAAGCACUGCAGCGGGACACGCAACAUAAGAUUCACGAUUUAGAAUCUGCUCUAAGUGAAUGCAAGAUGCAUUGCACCUAUGCGCCUCCAGCUCAACAACUCAAUAAGCCAUCCGAUUUACAAGUGUCUGACACAACGCCAGCGCGUCGAUCGAGCCCCGCUCAACUGGCGCAUAGCAUCGAGAAGCCGCACAACGAGAAGUCCUUCAACGAGCAAGUGCAAGUGAGUCAAGGGCUGUACAAAAUUGGUGUUGGCAUUGCCAAGCCAAACCAGCAUUCAACUAACGCAACAACUAAUCCGCAAGGUGGAGGUGUGGAGCAUCGAAAGGAUACGCAGCCUUUGCAAUCCUUUGACGUGCGCAACAAUCAUAGCCUCAUAAUAAAUUCUGUUGAAAAUUUUCAGAUUGCGCCCAAGUCGCUUCAAACGUUAGGCGAUGAUACGCCUGAAAAACAAGAGCAGUCAGUUAAAUCUGUUUCCCCAUUGAGCGCUCCUCAGCGCAAACCCAGCUCAAGUACUCCCAAUGUUGAGGCUGAUUCAAAUGCAUCAGUGGCUCCCAAGCAGCCAAGCAUUAUCAGCAGCAGCAGUAGCACUGGUCAACCGCCUUUGGUCAUGCCUCCAGCAAAGCCAUCAUCCGAAGCGAAGAUUGAGCGCAAGUUACCCGAGAAUGUGGCGCCCAUUCCCGAAAACUUUGAUGGUAAAGUCGAAGUGGCAGCUGCUGAUGCAGACACAGCAGCCGAAGAGUUGCCCAAAAAUGAGAAUAAUAAUCGGUAUGCGAAUGUGGUGAAUGACUUGGAGUCGAAUAAGAAUUUAGGGGAUUCUGGUGGCCAUGAAGUCAAGGAUGCCUUAAACGAACAGAAUUUCAAUUUUCCCGGCGCCAAUCCUAACAUUUUUGCUGAUGGGGACCUAGCUCCGGCUCAUGCUCAGCAAGUGGACAACAAGAUGUUGGCUGCCGAUGCGGCGGCAGUUGGGGGCGACGACGAUGACGUAAUGCUGGGAGAUGUUGCUGGAAAACAGCAUAUUCUCGAUGGAGAUAAUUUGAAUAACGAAAUUGCCGCCGAUCAGGGUAAAGAAUUUGCCGAUGCUGUGCAUCUAGAAGAUAACAUGGAUGAGGAUCAAGACGAGGAUGACUAUAACGUGCCCGCAAGAAAACUGGGCGCAGAUGCAGCUGUCAGAAAUUAAAGAUUAUUUUGGCGGCACUGCAAUAAGCUAUUUUUCACCUUAGUAUUUUAUCAUUUCAUCUAUCCUGGUUAACAGAAUUGGUUUACAAAAAAAAAAAACCCAGAACCUUUAGUUUAUAAGAUUUAUGCAUCCAAUUUGAUCAAUUUCAACAAUUUAGGUAAGAUUUAUUUCAUCCAAUGGAAUCGAGAAAACUUUGUGUGAACGCCAACUGCAAUAAUAAUAAUUUAACUUUCAUUAAUUUACAAAAUCUUAGAUCUUUCUCUUCUUUAAUAACAUACUAUAAUUAUUCACUUAGUUAUUCAUACACUUGUCAAAUAAAUAUUUAUUUCAUUCAAUAAUGCUAGUAA